AUGAAGGCUUCCACUGUCCUCGCUUCCCUCCUUUUCGGCUCCAUUGCCGCUGCCGCCCCCGUGGACAAGCGCGCCCUCGUCUACAAGACCGAGGUCGUCACUGAGGUCGUCGUCAUCUACACCACCGUCUACGGUGACGAGCCCACUCCUACUCCCAGUGCCGUCUCUUCUUCUUCUACUACUGCUGCUGCUUUCUACGAGCAGAAGAAGCCCGUCCCUAGCAGCACCCCAGCUGCUCUCCCGGCCUACACUCCUGCUCCUGCUCCUGCUUCCAGUGCUCCUGCUCCUCCAGUCUACACUCCUCCGGUCGAGGAGAAGCCCAAGCCAAGUCCAACUCCUUCUCCUGAACCUCAACCGGAACCCCAGCCAUCUCCUUCUCCUGAGCCUCAGCCUGAGCCUCAGCCAUCACCCUCCCAAGCUCCUGCCCCAGCUCCUCAGCCUGAGGAGGUCUACACCCCGGCUCCUGCUCCUUCCCCAACUCCCAGCCCAUCACCUACUCCUGCUCCCGCCCCAGCUCCUGCUCCUGCCAAGUACCCCACCACUGAGUCCUCAUCCUCUGGCGGCGACGUUCACCAGGAUGUCGACAUCACCGUCUAUGACAACACUGGUGCCGCUGGUGCCUGCGGUGAGCCCCUCACCGACGACAUGAUGGUUGUCGCCAUUGCCAAGGGUGCAUGGAACGCCAAGGGUGGCUCUACCUACGAUGUCAUGACUGGUGCCUCCAGCAACCCAUGGUGCGGUGCUAAGAUCAACAUUGAGUACGAGGGCAAGAGCUGCCAGGCCACCAUCAUGGACCUGUGCCCUGGCUGCGAAGGCCUUUACGACAUUGAUCUGUCCCGUGCUGCCUGGAAGGCUCUUGGUAUCACCGAGACCACCCGUCUCAAGGCCAACUGGAGCCUGGCCUAA